AUGCAAUACAGAGAAUUGCAAAACGUAACAAAGUUUUCUGUGGAGAAAGAAAUUGAGAUAGCGGCAGUCAGGCUUCCAGUUUUACGGCUUAUUAUGGUGGCUUUAUAUAGGCCUCCAUCAGGAGACUAUCCUACAUUUCUGUCAGCUCUCGAAUGGGUACUGGAGGAAUGCCUCGGGAGCUACGGAGAUGAUAGAAUUUUGGUGGUUGGCGAUUUUAAUGUAGAUUUCAUCAAGACUUCCAAAGAUAAAACUAAGUUGAUUGAAAUGCUCAAAAUGUACAGUAUGAGAUAUAUUUUCACAGAACCAUCUAGAGUGACAAUACAUUCGAGUACUUGUAUAGAUAAUAUGUUCACGAAUGUAACAGAGAGCGAGUGUGUGCAGGAAACCUAUGAGCCCUUCUUGUCGGACCAUAAGGCACAAAUCUUGAGGAUACCAACUGCAAUCACGAGACCUGAAAAUGAGAUUACAAGAUUCAAAAUCAAAAGGCAAUUCAACAAUAAAAAUACCCACCAUUUCAUAGAAGGAAUCAGAUCCAUAAACUGGAAACUAAUAUGGAAUGGAAACGCUGGGGUGCAGUAUGGCAACUUUCAUUGCACUCUUGUAGAUCUCUUCAACUCAUCUUUUCCUGAAAAAAAGAUCAAACUAGUACAAAGAGGAAAAUACCACUGUAAUAAAAAUUUAAAAUACCUGAAGAGUAAAGUAGAGGCGGCACGGACAAUCGCGGAAGUACGAAAAGACGAGCCCAGUUAUGCACUUUACAAUGCUCUGAGAACCACAUUGAGAGAAGAAAUAAAAAAAACCGUAAAAUCCAAGAACUCAAAGAGAAUAAACAGUGCAGAGAAUAAAUUUCAAGAAAUGUGGAAUUUGAUACGUGAAGAAACAGGAAGGAAACGGAAAGUUCAGGUGAUCUCACACACAACCACUGCCGAAGCACUGAAUGAAUACUUCAUUUCUGUCGGCGGAGACAUACAAAAAGCGGUGCGACCAUCUUUGAAUGGUUCGAAGGUUCUGAUGAAAAAUCUCAGAAUAAAUACAAUGAACUCUAUGUAUCUGAAACCAACAACAGAGGAAGAAAUCAUGAUACUAACAAAUAAGCUGAAAAACAAACAUACGAGGGAUUUCUACGGCAUUUCAGUGGCGCUCCUCAAGCAAAUUGUUCCACACAUUAAACAACCAUUGUGUAAGAUGAUCAACGAUUGUUUCGAACAAGAGAUAUUUCCACAAGAACUCAAGGUCGCAGUGAUAACACCCAUAUCAAAAGGAGAACCAAUUGAGAUUUUUUCAAACUAUCGGCCUAUUUCAAUCCUGCCAGCCUUCUCAAAACUCUUCGAACUACUCCUAAAAGAACGAUUGGUGGGUUUUCUUGAGAGCAAUAAUUUCAUACAUGACUCACAGCACGGUUUUCGAAAAAAUAAGUCAACUGUUUCAGCAAUGAUAGACCUAAUGGACACCAUAAUCGAGGCUUAUAAUAAUAAUGAGGAAGUGGAAUUGGCCUGCAUAGAUCUGAGUAAGGCUUUCGACAGCGUUUGUCAUAGAAUUCUCCUCGACAAACUAGAAUAUUAUGGAAUAAGAGGAAAAGCUCUUAACAUGUUCGAUUCCUACCUAGCAAAGAGGUCGCAGGUAGUGAGGUGGAAUGGAACGGUUUCCAAUUUGAAGGAAAUAAAUGUGGGAGUGCUGCAGGGAUCGAUUCUGGGUCCGAUUCUUUUUAUCGUCUUCACGAAUGACCUACAUGCCAACUUGAAAGCGGAUCAACUCUGCAGCUAUGCAGAUGACACGGCUUUCAUGAAUAGGUCGAGAAGUAAAAAUAUUAUUGAAAUAAAAACAUCAACAUCGCUAUUGAGUGCUCAGAGUUGGUUCACCUCGAAUGGUCUACUGAUGAACAAAAAUAAAACCCAGCAGCUUUUGUUCACUAAUAAAGAAAGAACAAAUAAUUCAUUGAAAUAUCUGGGUGUGACCUUUCACUCAUCAUUAAGCUGGAGUCAAUACAUAGACGAAUUAUGUAGCAAACUCUCGACCUCGAUCUACUUAAUAAAAAGAAUGAGAGUUAUUUCCAACAGUGACACAGCCAAACUCGUGUACUACUCGACAUUUCAUGCAAAAAUGAUAUAUAGCAUUUUGGUGUGGGGACAUUGCAGUGAUGCACAGAGGGUUCUGCUGAAACAGAAGAAGGCCAUAAGGGCUAUUUUUGGGAUACAUCAUACAGAAAGUUGUCGAGAUAUUUUCAGGAGGGAGGGUAUACUCACCUGCACUUCGGUUUUCAUCCUCGCUGCCGUGACUUAUGUCCACCGAAAUCUCAAGAAGUUUCGAACCAACGCUGACUUCCACGAGUACAACACCAGAAGAAAGUAUUUACUUAGCAUUCCUUUCAACAGAAUAGCGAAAGCGCAGCAGGGAGCAAAUCACAUCGCACUGAAAUUAUAUAAUAAAUUGCCUGAAAAUCUGAAGAGUUUGAAUGACCUGAAAUUCAGUAAAAAUGUAAAAAAACUACUACUGAGAAAGACUAUUUAUAAACUCGAAGAGUUUUAA